UCCUCCUUUCAAUUAUUAAAACAAAAUAACAAUCUUUAAUUUGGUUCUCAAAAUUUAUUUCUUUUCUCUUUCUUUGUUCUAACAAGAACCAGCUUAAAAUCCCAGCUUCCAUGGCAUCCUUUUGUUAAAUUCCCGAAAUACCCAUUUCAGUUAACCCAAUUUCCCAGUCUGGGUACCUUUUAAUUCCCUCAGAAGAUCAAAACUUUUCCUUCAAUUUUGGAUUUUUUUUUAUUUUUAUUGUUUUUGAAUGAUCAUGGGACUAACGGGUGAUUCCAAGGGCCAGAUACUGAGUCAACUGGCGGAGUUGGUGAAGGGGAUAUCUGGGUUACCAGAGUGUAAAAACUCGUGUAAGAAAAUGCAUGGGAAUUUGGUACGUAGAAUUAAGCUGUUGAGUCCUUUGUUUGAAGAAUUGAGAGACGGAAACGAAGAGAUAAUGAUAAAAAUUGAAGAGAUUACAGGGUUUGAGCUGCUGAAGGUUGCUUUGGAUUCUGCUAAAGAGCUUCUUAAUUCGGUCAAUGAAGGAAGCAAGUUGUAUCAGGCUCUGCAAAUGGACCAGAUAGCAGGAAAGUUCCAGCAAAUGACAGAAACCAUCGAAGCAGCAUUGAAUGAGAUUCCUUAUGAUAAACUCGAUAUAUCAGAGGAAGUCCAGGAGCAGAUUGAACUUGUUCAUACACAAUUCAGAAGAGCAAAAGAAAGACCAGACUCCCCUGAUUUGCAACUAGACCAGGAUUUAGCUGUAGCACAGAAAGAAAAAGAUCCCGACCCUGCAAUUCUCAAAAGACUUUCAGAUAAGCUGCAGCUAAGGACACUCAAUGAUCUAACAAAAGAGUCAUUUGCUCUCCAUGAACUGGCUAUUGCCAGUGGUGGAGAUCCGGGGGAGUGCUUUGAGAAGAUGUCAUCACUGCUCAAGAAGCUUAAAGAUUAUAUACCAAUUGAAAAUCCUGAAGCUGACUCCUCUGAGGGUGAAAAGGGCAUGAUGAAACACAGAUCACCUGUUAUCCCAGAUGAUUUCCGGUGCCCAAUAUCUCUUGAGUUGAUGAGAGACCCUGUAAUUGUCUCCACUGGACAGACAUAUGAAAGAUCCUGUAUUCAGAAAUGGUUGGAUGCAGGGCACAAGACCUGUCCCAAAACGCAGCAGACACUAGUGCACGCAGCCCUUACACCAAACUAUGUUUUAAAAAGUCUCAUAGCUUUGUGGUGUGAGAGCAAUGGCGUUGAGCUGCCUAAAAAGCAAGGGACUUGUAGAAGCAAAAAACCAGGAAGCUGUGUCUCAGACUGUGAUCGUGCUGCUAUCCUCGCUUUAUUGGAAAAACUUGCAAAUGGAAAUUCAGAACAGCAAAGAGCAGCUGCUGGUGAACUCCGGUUAUUGGCAAAAAGAAAUGCAGAUAAUAGGGUGUGUAUUGCUGAGGCAGGAGCCAUACCUCUUCUUGUAGAGUUAUUGUCCUCCACGGAUCCUCGAACACAAGAGCAUGCCGUGACAGCUCUUCUCAACGUUUCCAUCAAUGACAGUAACAAGGGAACCAUUGUUAAUGCUGGAGCUAUACCUGAUAUAGUAGAUGUGUUGAAAAAUGGCAGCAUGGAGGCUAGAGAAAAUGCCGCUGCUACCCUUUUCAGUUUAUCUGUUAUAGAUGAGAAUAAGGUGGCGAUAGGUGCAGCCGGGGCUAUUCCUGCCCUUAUAAAGCUGCUUUGUGAAGGGUCUCCAAGAGGAAAGAAGGAUGCUGCUACUGCUAUUUUCAAUCUUUCAAUCUAUCAGGGAAACAAGGCAAGGGCUGUUAGGGCUGGUAUAGUGCCACCAUUGAUGGGACUGCUGAAGGAUGCAGGAGGUGGGAUGGUGGAUGAAGCAUUGGCGAUUCUGGCCAUUCUUGCAAGUCAUCAAGAAGGAAAGGUGGCAAUUGGUCAGGCUGACCCAAUUCCUGUUUUAAUGGAGGUUAUUCGGACUGGUUCUCCACGUAAUCGGGAGAAUGCUGCAGCCAUACUGUGGUCACUUUGCAUGGGUGAUAUAGAGCAAUUAAAAAUAGCAAAGGAAUUUGGUGCAGAGGAGGCACUAAAGGAGCUGUCUGACAGUGGCACUGACAGAGCAAAGAGAAAAGCUGGAUGUAUCUUGGAACUCCUCCAACGACUUGAAGCAAAGGAAAAUCCGGCCUCUCUGAGUUCUUUGUGAAAUUCAUGAUAAUAUUAUUCGGUGUUUCAAACAGCCUAUGUACAUGAUGGGUAUACGAAGGAAAUGUAUAUCAACAGGAUGUUCAAAAGAGCAGUGAACAUCGAUCGGCCUUGGCAUUGGGAGGAAUUGCUCUUCUGCAUCCCAUCCCUGUUUCAGGGUAUUACCAUAUUUAAUACAAGGUAUUUUAAGAAAAUUUGAUCUUUUCCCAUAUUGUUGCAUGAUACCUGCUGUAAAUUAUAGCAUAUGGAGUUUGAUAAAGCUUAGAGUUUUUCAUGUAAACUUUGACUAGCAUAAAGUGGAGGUUAGCUACUGUCGUAUUUAUUUUAAUGAUAAUUUGCUCUAAGGGAAGCUGUUUUCAAGUGGAUCUUUGAAUUGCUUGGCAUAACUUGUACGCUAAUGACCUUCUGAAUGAUGAGAUUACUAGAAACAAGGAAUUGGCAAGUUCUUGUAUCACGGGUCAAGACUUAAGUUUCGAACUCGCGCGGCUCCGGGAUCUAGGCAUUUAUCUUUCCGACGUCCCGGAUCAACCUAACCG